AUGGACAAGCUUUACUUCAGCGAUAAGCCAGAACCCAGCAACAAAAAGAAAAUUGUGCUUUGUGCUCUCGGAGUAGUCGCCCUUGUUGGAGUCGUCGCUGCUUUUGCCACUCUUUCCAGUACCCCUUCAACCAAUUACACCCUUCAGCAAUUCGCUAUUGAAGAACAAGAAUUCCAGGGCUUUAUGGCCAAGUACAACAAAGCCUACGCCAAUGAAGAAGAAUACCAGGCACGCCUUAAAAUUUUCAGGGACAAUUAUGCCUAUGCCAGAGUCCACAACACCCUUGGCCGUUCCUAUCGUUUAGGAAUCACCCAAUUCAUUGACAUGACCCAAGAAGAAUUCUCCAGCAUUUACGCUCCUUACAAGUACCAGCUCCCUGAAAGGAAAAACCUGUCAGGAAACCUUAAAAACGCCACCAAUGUCACAAGCUGGGACUGGAGAGCAAAAGGCGCUGUGACCCCAGUAGGUAACCAAUUGCAAUGUGGAGACGGAUAUGCUUUUGCAGCUGCAGGAGCCGUAGAAGGAAUUUGGUUUAUCACAAACCACACCCUUGUAGCUCUUUCUGAACAAGAAAUCGUGGACUGCUCAACUAGAUUUGGAAAUGAAGGGUGCAACGGUGGCUUGCCAACUAACUCUUUCCAGUUUGCAAUGGCCCAUGGACUUACCAGCAAUACUAAUUACCCAUAUAAAGGAACCAAAGGCAAGUGCACAACUAAAGCUCAAAACCAGCCAGUUGCUAACAUUAUUAGCUAUCAAACUGCAGAGGCUAAUGCACCUAACAAUUUAAUGGGACUUGUAGUUCAGCAGCCAAUUACAGUUGUUGUCCAAUCAAACCAGGCAGCCUGGAGAAUGUACACUGGAGGCAUCAUUAGCCAAGAUUGCGGAACUGAUGUAGACCACUCAGUUUUGAUUGUUGGGUUUGAUAAUACUAAUAAUCCUCCUUAUUGGAUUGUUAAGAACUCCUAUGGACCAAGCUGGGGAGAAUCAGGAUACUUGAGAAUCGCUAUUACCUCUGGAGAAGGUGUUUGCGGGAUUAAUUUGUACCCUGCUUAUCCUGUUCGUUAA